GUCUCCCCAUGCUGCACUCCGGCUCUCCGCUUCCACGGGAGCCUCAACUCGCACCUUUCUAACAAAGAGGGUAGUGUUUGUGGAGACUUCCCUGCAGCCAAUCACCGCGCCGUUGCCCCUAGUUACCACGUCCAUCAUCCUCUCGCGUCCAAUGAGAGGCGGGGGCGGGGCGGAGUCCAGGUGCGCCUCGGCGUCCACUUGGCAGAGCGCCUGGGAGCCGCCUGUAGGCAGGAGAGGAUCUGUCAAAUGCGAGGUUCCUUUAAUAAGAGCGACCAGUCCGGCUCCGAGAGUCAUGGCGACCGCAGCGUCUAACCACUAUAACAUCCUCACCUCCAGCGCAUCCAUCGUGCACUCGGAGCCCGGCAGCAUGCAGCAAGCCACGGCGUACCGGGACGCGCAGAGCCUGUUGCAGAGCGACUACCCGCUGCAGAGCAACAGCCACACGCUCAGCCACGCACACCAGUGGAUCACGGCGCUGUCCCACGGAGAGGGAGCCCCGUGGUCCUCCAGCCCGCUCGGCGCAGAGCAGGACAUCAAACCCGCGGUGCAGGGCGCCCGGGACGAGAUGCACAACUCCAGCAGCAACCUGCAGCACCAAUCACGGCCGCCUCACCUGGUGCACCAGACGCACGGGAACCACCACGACGGCCGGGCGUGGAGAACCACCACCGCGGCGCACAUACCGAGCAUGGCGACGACGAACGGCCAAAGCCUUAUUUACUCUCAGCCGGGCUUCAGCGUUAACGGGCUGAUCCCGGGCAGCGGACAGGGGAUGCACCACCACAACCUAAGAGACAGUCAUGACGACCACCACAGCCCGCACCUCAGCGAACACGGCCACCCGCCGUCCCAGCAUCAGCACCAGCACCGGCCGCAGAGCCACCACGACCACUCGGACGAGGAUACGCCGACCUCGGACGACCUGGAGCAGUUCGCCAAGCAGUUCAAACAGCGGAGGAUCAAGCUGGGCUUCACGCAGGCGGACGUGGGACUCGCCCUGGGGACCCUGUACGGAAAUGUGUUUUCCCAGACCACCAUAUGCAGGUUUGAGGCCCUGCAGCUCAGCUUCAAAAACAUGUGCAAGCUGAAGCCUCUGUUGAACAAGUGGCUGGAGGAGGCGGACUCCACCUCGGGCAGCCCGACCAGCCUGGACAAAAUCGCUGCGCAGGGGAGAAAAAGGAAAAAACGGACUUCAAUCGAGGUAAGCGUAAAGGGAGCUUUGGAGAGCCAUUUUUUGAAGUGCCCUAAACCGGCAGCGUCGGAAAUAAUCGGCCUGGCGGACAGUCUGCACCUGGAGAAAGAAGUGGUGAGGGUUUGGUUUUGUAACAGGAGACAGAAGGAGAAACGCAUGACCCCUCCAGGAGGAGCUCUGCCGGGGAGCGAGGAUGUGUACGGGGACACGCCGCCGCAUCACGGGGUCCAGACCCCGGUCCAAUGAACUCUACUGGACCGCUCCUCCAGGACUUGUUUAUCCUUUUUAUUUAUCCCCAAGGUUAUAUAUAAAUCACUGGACUAUGAAACGAUAUAGUGGGUGUUUUAUGUAUAAUAGAUUGCAGUGAGUACUUACACAAUAUCUGCAGUGAAUAUCUGAGAAAUGGAAAGUGAGAGAGGGGAGGACAGGACAUUUUUUUCCCUCUCCCAGAGCUAAAGGAACAUAAGCCUGUGUUGUGUUCUCCGAGGAUAUAUGCCCACCACUGUGACUCCAGUCGACGCAGUUUCAAGCUCCAGUAAGGGCUCCGUGGCGAUUGAUUGGAUUAUCUGGCACUUUUCCACAACAGGAUGGGCUAUAGAUAUCUACAAAAACUAUAUGUCACCAACUCUCACAGAACAUUUGGAUCCACUUUUGUAAAUAUUGUAUAACUUUAAAAGUCAUGACUUUGGCUUCAUCCCUGUUUUUUGUUUUUGUUUUUGUUUUUUUAAUUUUUUUAAAAAAAUUUCUUCACUGGGGCACUUUUUUUGGAUUGAUGUUUUCAAAAACAAACAGGUUGAGUUUUUAAAAUCCAGUUUUCAUUCAUAGCCUACCUACUGCCUUGUGUUUGUGUGCUAUUUAACGUUCAUUUUGUUGCCGAAAAUAUGCUCGUUUACCGUUUAAUCAAUUUUUUUUGUGGCGCUUUUUAUUUCGAGUCUAAAGAUGUUUUUUUUAAUUAAUGUGAAGUCAGUUUGAUUUGUUUAAAUUGUCUGAUGAGUUCUGUUUUGCCAUUUGAUGUCCUCUCUGACAUUACAUUAGACUGAUUUUCCAAUCAAAUAUCGGCUGUUAUGCUUUAAGGACUAAAUUCAAAUGAAUCGAUAAUAGUGGUUUAGAGGAUUGUCUACAAAAUAAAUCAGACUCAGAGAGGCUAAAAGCAACAGAUAAGCAUCAUAAUCAGUGAGUUUGAAAGGAA